UGAAUAUCACGGAACUAGAAGAGGAAUCUCUGCUCAGCUGUUUUUUGAUUGGACGCGAUUCACACGUGUGUGAUAAGUAAAGUCCAGAGUUAUUUUUGCCAACAAUUGUUUUAAACUUUUGUUGAAAUGGGUGACAAAAUUAAUAUAGACAACAAGAGGUAUGAUGAUGCCGACGAUUACGAACCAACAGACUCUGAGGCUGAGUACGGUGAAGAGGAUAAAGAAUUGUUGCGCCAAGUUCGACAAGGGCGCCGCCGUAAAGAUGAAAGCAAUGAAAAGGAGCUAAUGGCUUUCGAUGAAAGUGACGAUGAUGAUGAUAAUGACGACGAUGAGGAUGAUGUGGGCGCUUCAAUGCGCGACAGUGACAUAGAGGGCGCAGAGAGUGAUGAUGAUUUGCCCGAUACAACAGACUGGGGCGAUAAGAGUCGCAAUUAUUACAAUACAGAUUUCGUGGAUCCCGAUUAUGAUACAUACACUGCGGAACAAGAGGAGAUGGCCAAGGAAGAAGAGGAGGAAGCGAAAAAAAUACAGAUGCGCUUAGCGAAACAAAUGAAAGAGGAGGACUUUUUACUGGAUGAUGCACUAAUUCAUGCCGUGAAACCUAAGGAAAAAAAGCUAAAAGUGGAAACAGUGGCGGAAGAGCCAAUUCAAGUCAAAGCUAAUCUUUCUGGCAUCACAAAGCGCGAUAAAUUACGGUUAUUCCAAGAAGAUUCACCAGAAUUCGCACCACUUGUGGAGGAUUUCGAGACAUAUGUGAAAGAAGUGGAAGAGAUUAUAGCACCGGUUAUGCUAUAUGUGCGUGAAAAUAAAGUGCCAAAGAUACCUGCUUUACAAUUUGCAGAACUUUAUCAAAAUAUAGCAUUAAGUUAUUGUUCUAAUGUGGCAUUUUAUUUGCUUUUGAAAGGUAAACGUACCGCUGUGCGCAACCACCCAGUUACAAAACGUUUACUACAAUUGAAAAAACUCAUUAAACAGCUGCAAGAUAAAUACGAUAAUAUCAUACGGCCACAACUGGAGGCGUUAUUGGAGCGAAUUGUCGAUGGUGACAAAUUCCAAGUGCUGGAUGUGAAGGAUAACGCUGACAGAACUAAAUCGAAGAAGAAGUCAAAGUUGGGUAUCAUCGACAAAUAUGAUGAGAAAAUUAAAGUCGAUGGCAUACCACAGGCAGCCGAGGAAUCAGCAGAAGACGACGACGAAGAAGCUAAUGAAGAUGAAGAUAUGGAACUUACUGAAGCGGAUCCAUAUGCAGAUGAGGAUACGCGACGCGGCAUCACAUACCAAAUUGCCAAGAACAAAGGUCUCACACCCGCACGCAAAAAAGAGCUGCGCAAUCCACGUGUCAAGCAUCGCAACAAGUUCCGCAAGGCUUUGGUGCGACGCAAGGGUGCAGUGCGCACCGUACGCAAGGAAACGAAACGUUAUGGUGGCGAAAUAUCCGGUAUCAAAGCGACCGUCAGCAAGAGUGUCAAAUUCAAAGUAUAAUAAGUGGAAGAAUUAUAUUUUUAUUUUAACAAUUUUUAUGAGUAACGAAUCCAUAGUCCCGACUAAUUCAAAACACAAUGUGGUUCAUAC